UUCGUUCCUUUCUUUUAAUUUUCUGUUUCUUCCUCAGAUAUUGCGAAACAUCUUCGAUUAGGUUUUCGGGAUAUGGACAUGCUCAACCAAUUCCACCAUUUGUUCUGGAUGGGGGACCUCAAUUACCGUCUCGGUUAUCCGACGGAAGCGGACGAAGGUUAUCCCACGACUCCAAGGAAGUCUGUAUUUAACGAAGUUGUUGAGAAGAUCAAGCUCAAGUCAUUCAAGGAUCUUCUGUCCAAUGACGAGCUCACAAAGGAACGAAAAGCAGGACAAGUUUUUGCAGACUUCAAAGAGGGGGAGAUCAACUUCGCUCCCACAUUUAAGAUGGUUCGCGGUGAGGAGGACCAGUACAUGGAAAAGCGGUUACCUGCCUGGUGUGACCGUAUUCUGUGGAGAUCGCUCUCCGGUUGUAAAGCGAAUCUAGCUCAGCUGUACUCUGCUCCUUCAGUCAAGACAAGUGAUCAUAAACCCGUGGCAGCAAAAUUCCAUCUUAAUGUUUCUGCCCUGCCCACGGAUGACGAGGUCGAUGGUUCGAAACCGCAAUACAAGCUCAGGUUAUUAUCACUAUCUGCGAGGGGACUGAAGAAAGGUGAUGUCAUGGGACUUUCUGACCCUUUGUGGUCUCUACUAGCAAUUAUCCCUAAGGAGCGGGUGACACUCUGCGCCAUCAGGCGGGUUGGUAUCCCUAUGCGCUCGGAUGCUGUACCAGAGAUGGACCUGCCAGCAAUCGAGUUGAAGACGUCGUCACUCGAAAGACUUGAAAGAGAACAUGUCUACCUUAAAGUGAGAGACAGUGAUCUUAUUGUGGACAACGACACUCUAGGACAUGGGGUGAUGUCACUAGCAAGUGCGGUUGCAGCAUAUCGGUCAAAGCUGAGGCAUAGCACGAUCCCCCAGCAUCCGGUUCAUUUCCAGAUCAAUCUCAGUCAUUCUGGAAUUGCCGAGGGACAACUUCAAGGACAGAUGGAGCUACAGAAGGUAUCAAGAAGAGGGAGCAUCGGGGUUCGAAAUGUGGUGCUUUUACGUCGUCUGAUCCCAUCUCUGGGAGUGCGCUCAGGGUCCGGGUCAGCUGCUGAGCGCACACACAUUUUGAAACAGGCCACAUGAUGAUGCAGGACGGCUAGAUGAUUGUGGCAGAUGCUUAAUGACACCCAAUGUAUGUAUGUCUAACAAAUGAUCACACAGAGU